UGAAAGUCCAUCAGAUCCAUCCCUGAAAAUUUAAUGUUUAAAUAUUGACUCCAAAUUGCCCUGCCUGUCCGUUUGAAGCGCCGUGUACAAGACGUUAGCACCCCAAUUCAGCUAGUAGGGUGUUGGGACAAACCCAGUCGAGAUUCAAGCGCACCCAUUCUGACCUUGCUAUUGCAGGGGCCAAGGAGCACAAGGGCCAUUAUUUUACUGCUUCCAAAUUAAUAACUUCAUCGCCUUGUCGAACCGACAGGAUUCACUCGGCUCGCCUGCUAGGGCGCUGCCAUAUUGUGAGCGCUACACCUUCAUCGUGGAGAACGACGACACAUAUCCUCCGCCACCUCCACCUCCCCAUUCUCCUUCUCCUUCUCCCAGUUCUUCCUCCUCGAGUCCCCCGUCCCCUCGCCCGCCUCCCUUUUCGUCGCUCUACCUUCACCCCGAGCCUGAGUCUGAGCGGGUCAAAGACAUAAUCACAGGUUCAAGCGCUCCCUUCAUUGCUCCUUUCGCGCCUGCUCCGCCCUUUGAGGAAAGUCCUGCCCUCUCUUCACCCGCAGCCGCAUCCUCCGUUGUUACAGAUACCAAAGCUGCUUUUUCGAGAGAAAAGAAAGGGGAAUCCACAGGGAAAAGCUCAGACGACGCUGAGCCUCCUCCUCCUUACACCGAAGGAUCCAGCCCUCUUCAAUCAUUUACAUACGUCAUGGCGGCUGCGGGAGGGGCAGCGAGUAUCAUUACUCAAGUGCAACAAACGGGAGGGCCGCCGCUCAAUACGCUUGGAGACAUUGGAGGAGAUGAGCAUAUUACUUUGGAUCUACGUGGCACUCGAUUCACAUUAUCACGCGAUGAAUUACUCACUCUACCGGAGUUUGUAUUACUGUCUCUUUUCCCCAACGGAUUGCUUCCUGACAGCCAUAUGGGCGGAUUCCACGAGGGAGAUGUAUACUCAGUCGACUAUGACCCUGUAUCCCUUCAGUAUAUGCUAGAUUUUUUCCGGACCGUGGCGCAGUCGAUCCCGUCCCCAUCUCCAUCCCCGACUACUUCACCAGAAGGGGAGCAAGUCGACCCUAUGCAGAGUGCCUCUAGAGAUAUGCUUCAGGAUCGCGCGGGAAUCAUAGUACUUCGCGAGGACCUUGACUUCUACGUGAUUCCACCCCAUGCGGAAAUUGACCAUCCCGAGAUGAUGGAAAUCAAGCGAGCUGCUGGCCGAGCUUUGCUCAAACAGGAUGGAAUCUUUUCCGGUCUCAAGAAAAGCGACGAGGCCGGAACGACAGAACAGCACCUGAUCGAGAUGUUAACGGCUGGCGGAUUCAAUCACAACGACCAGUGGGGACACCGCUCUGGAGAGCCCAAUAAGGCUGUCAUAUGCAGCUUGGGAUUAGCCAAAUUGCGGACUGAUAUCCGGAGCGAUAUAGCUAAUAACAAUGCUGUUGGCAUGGCCCAGAAAUUGCUCCUUUUUUGGAGGAAGCCCGCGCGACGGUGUUGGUGGGAAGGUGUGGAGCUAGAAGGGAUAGAAGGGGUAGAGGGCACACUUAAAGUCUGGAUCCGUAGGGUUUGGACGCUUGAAAUGAGUGUGAUUGGACUUCGUUGACGAAGGCAUUUAAUUCUCGAUUUUCCCACCUGUUUUGGGCGAUGAGGUUGAUGAUAAUCCUCCUAUCCUCAGCAUGUGGUACAGUGGCAGUUUCCUAUUUCAUUCCUCCAUGCUCAAUAUAUCCCCCAAGUGUUAUUGUAUUUCCUGUUUCAAACAGUGAGAGCUAGAUUAUUGUAUUGUUUCCUUUAUUUGACGUCCUCGAAAGUUUUGUUCUGCAUGGAUCUAUCCCUUGAUGCUCAUAUUUGCCAUUUUGACUCCACUUUGCUAGGUUUACCUGUCCUAAAGCCAACUUUGUAUCUCCAAGUGGUUGCUUCUACUUGGUUCUUCUUUUCUUUUCCUUUCUUUUGGUACUAAUGAAUACACUUAGACAGAUGUUGUAUUC